ACGCUCGUGUCAGAGCUGCAGCACCACUUCGCACCGCACUGCACCGUGGAGCUCAGCAGCCUGGAUGAUCUAGCGGAGGACAGCGAUGCCUUCACAGCCAAGCUCAACGCCUUCCACGCCGCCUUCUUCCUCGUCGCCACGUACGGUGAUGGCGAGCCAACGGACGAUGCGCAGCGCUUCUUCAAAUGGCUGCACGCCACCGCUGCUGAUGCAGAGGCUCAGGACGACAACCCCUUGCCACUGCAGGGGCUUCGCUUUGCUGUCUUCGGGCUGGGCAAUCGGCAGUACGAGCACUUCAACCUGAUGGGCAAGAUGCUUGACAAGCACCUCGCUGCCCUCGGAGGGCAGCGAGUGGCGGAGGUGGGGCUGGGAGACGACGACCAGUGCAUAGAGGACGACUUCAAGGCCUGGUGA